CAACAACUUGGUUCUUCUCUCUUGCUACAUAUUUCGAUUGGUAUUACAAUGAUGAAGACUUUGAGCUUGAUUUUGAUUUUGUCGUUGCUAAGCAAUGGAAAUUUGCUUGAACCGGUAGAAGUAAGGUCUCUCGAUGCGAUGAAUGCAGCAACUAUCGACGAUUUCUUGCCCAUACCAUUCAUUGGAACUACGAAGCCGUCUACUUUGAACGUUAUUGAGGGUCACAACUUCAAUGAUGCCAAUACUCUUGCUAAUGUCAAAGCAUUUGGCCCAGCCCUGGCGGCGGUGGCCAUCAUGGAUGUUGUUAAUUCCAGCUUUUUGAUACUUAGACAAUGGUCGCUUAAACCCAGUGAAUAAAGAGCGAUUUUAUUAAUAUGAAACAA